CUCUCUGCAUGUGCGUGAGUGCGCGCGUGUCUGUGUGUGCGGGGUUUUUUGCGCGUGCCGCUUGGCUGAGCGAGAGAGCUCCGCCGGGCUGCUGCUGGAAAGGACUCUCCCACACGGUUCCCCAGCCCAAAGGGAUGACAACUGUCGGAGCGGCGGACAGACACGGCGGCCCGACUCCGCGCUGCAAACCGCUCCUCAGAUGACAUUCAGCUUUUCACCCCUGUCGAUCUGCAGUCCUGCCUCUCGCGGGGAGCAAGUGAUGAAUUAAUAAGACUGCCUGUGCUAAGAGGAUCAAUAGAUUAGUUUGCUGUUCAUGAGGGGAGCAGGCAGGCGAAUUACGGGACUGGGACAUACAAAUGAAUGCAAAGGAGCCGGGGAGGGAAAAAAAAAAAAGAACGAGCCUUCCCCGUGUCAGUCUCUCAGCACAGCAACAGCCUGCGCCUCUGGACUUUGGGACAGAGGGGACCCUGUGCCGUUUUUUCGUGCUUCCUGGAGGAAGGGGGCAUGCUCUUCCACGGCUGCUCUGAAGCCUCUCUCGCUCCUCCUCUCCGGUUUCGGAGACAGGGUAGCCCCCUGGAAAGCGAUGCUGUGAGUUCACAAUGAGGAUGUGCCUGCAGGACUUUGAGACACUGGCCGGAAGAAUACCGCGAAAAAGGCAAGAGAGUGAAACAGUGAUGCGAAUCUGGGGUUGAGGUUUCUGUUGCACCGCCACAGACUACCCCUGUAAUGGGGGCAGCGUCCCAUGACUGCUUGCUUUAACUCUUGGUGGAGUUUUUUUUUUAAGUGCGCCUUACGCACGGCUGGAUUGACUUGUAUUCCGGUCGCCUUAAAUUGAACUGAAAGCCUGCUUGCCUGAUCUUUAGUUUUUAGUGGUUCAAGGUUUGGCAAUAUUUGGUGUCACAGACUCGGCAUUCUGAAAGCACCGCUUCCCCGGACAGCACCAUGGCGUAAGCUGUCACGCUGGAUAUGUGCUGUGCGGCUCCGUCCGACCGCCUGGGAUCUUUUGGAAGGCAUUCGACAGCUCCAGAGGGAGGAAAAAUGACAGCGUUCGCCCCGCUUCUCAAACUGCGCUGGAUUUUUGGACCCCAGGCGAGGGGUUCCGUGUUUUCGUGAGCGACGGCCACAGGAGAAAAAACAGCUGCAGUAAAUGAAGCCUGGCCGCACUCACGCGGGAAGGGAAAAGAAAAUGAUGCACGUGAACAAUUUCCCUUUCAGGAGGCAUUCCUGGAUAUGCUUCGAUGUGGACAAUGGCACGUCCUCGGGAAGGAGUCCCCUGGAUCCCAUGACGAGCCCCGGGUCGGGGCUCAUCCUCCAGGCCAACUUUGUGCAUAGCCAGCGGCGGGAGUCCUUCCUGUACCGCUCCGACAGCGACUAUGACCUGUCCCCCAAGUCCAUGUCCAGGAACUCAUCCAUCGCCAGUGACAUGAAUAACCACCUGCAGAGGCCAGGCUUGGUUUCUCGGAGAUCUGAGCCGGUUAUUAGUGGAAACCAUGGAGACGACCUGAUUGUAACACCAUUCGCACAGGUACUGGCUAGUUUGAGAACCGUACGGAAUAAUUUUGCAGCAUUAACCAACUUGCAACAAGACAGAGCCUCAAACAAGCGGUCACCCAUGUGUAAUCAACCCCCCAUUACCAAGACCUCCUUCACAGAGGAGGCCUACCAGAAACUGGCCACCGAGACCCUGGAGGAGCUGGACUGGUGCCUGGACCAGCUGGAGACACUACAGACCAGACACUCCGUCAGUGAGAUGGCCUCCAACAAGUUCAAGAGAAUGUUGAACAGGGAGCUCACCCACCUGUCUGAAAUGAGCCGUUCUGGAAACCAGGUCUCAGAGUUCAUAUCAAACACAUUCUUAGAUAAGCAGCACGAUGUGGAGAUGCCGUCUCCUCAGACGCAGAAGGAGAAGGAGAAGAAGAAGAAGCCCAUGUCUCAGAUCAGCGGGGUGAAAAAGCUAAUGCACAGCACCAGCCUGACCAACUCCAACAUCCCCCGCUUCGGGGUGAAGACCGACACCGAGGACUCUCUGGCCAAGGAGCUGGAAGACAUAAACAAAUGGGGCCUUAAUGUUUUCAAAGUCACAGAGUUUUCGGGAAAUAGGCCUUUAACAGUCAUGAUGUACACAAUCUUCCAGGAAAGAGACUUGCUAAAAACAUUCAAAAUUCCACUAGACACCUUUAUAACCUAUUUGAUGACCUUGGAAGAUCAUUACCAUGCAGACGUUGCAUACCACAACAACAUCCAUGCUGCUGAUGUUGCCCAGUCUACCCAUGUGCUGCUAUCCACCCCUGCUUUAGAGGCUGUGUUCACUGACCUCGAGAUCCUCGCUGCCAUUUUCGCCAGUGCGAUUCACGACGUGGAUCACCCUGGAGUUUCCAACCAGUUCCUCAUCAACACCAACUCUGAGCUGGCGCUCAUGUACAAUGACUCAUCGGUGCUGGAGAAUCACCACCUGGCGGUGGGCUUCAAGCUGCUGCAGGAAGAGAACUGUGACAUUUUCCAAAACCUGACCAAAAAACAAAGACAAUCCCUGAGGAAGAUGGUCAUCGACAUUGUUCUUGCUACUGAUAUGUCCAAACAUAUGAACCUUCUUGCUGACCUAAAAACCAUGGUGGAGACAAAGAAGGUGACCAGCUCUGGCGUUCUGCUUUUGGAUAACUACUCGGAUAGGAUACAGGUUCUCCAGAACAUGGUGCACUGCGCGGACCUGAGCAACCCCACAAAGCCCCUGCAGCUGUACCGGCAGUGGACCGACCGCAUCAUGGAGGAGUUCUUCAGCCAAGGAGACCGCGAGCGUGAGCGGGGCAUGGAGAUCAGCCCCAUGUGCGACAAGCACAACGCCUCCGUGGAGAAGUCCCAGGUGGGCUUCAUCGACUACAUUGUGCACCCACUGUGGGAGACGUGGGCCGACUUGGUGCACCCAGACGCCCAGGACAUCCUGGACACCCUAGAGGACAACCGCGAGUGGUACCAGAGCACCAUCCCGCAGAGUCCCUCGCCCGCCCCCGAUGACCCUGAGGAGGGCCGCCCGGGCGGGGCCGACAAGUUCCAGUUUGAGCUGACGCUGGAGGAGGACGGCGAGUCGGACACGGAGAAGGACAGUGGCAGCCAGGCCGAAGAGGAGGAGGAGGAGGAGGAGGAAGAGGAGGACAACAGCUGCAGUGACUCCAAAACGCUUUGCACUCAGGACUCUGAGUCCACUGAGAUCCCGCUGGACGAGCAGGUGGAGGAAGAGGAGGAGGAGGAGGAAGAGGAGGCUGUCUCAUCGGAGCCUUGCGCAGUGGUCGAGGAGGAAGAAGAGGAGGAAGAGGAGGAGCAGCCUGCCGACACAUAACAGUGCGGACAGCCUCGAAAAACUGUCAUAUUUAAUACCAGAUAAAUGACGAAUAAUAAUAAUAAUGAUAAUGAUAAUAAUAAUAAUAAAAUGUUUUUUGUUUGUUUUUAUGAAAGUUCCAAAGCGCACGUUGCACUCCACAACCCUGGCCACUCCUCACCACCAUCUGCCAGAACAGAGUAAAAGCAGACUCGCUGGUAGCUCUACAAUUUUGCACUCAGGAAUAUUUAGUCAGUUUUCUUGUUGCGUUUAGUUGACUUUUUUCAUUUUUUUUUUUUGGUUUGGUUUUUCCACCUUGUGGGAGCGAUGUGUCUGUUCACUGACACUUAGCUCCUAAUGGGUCAGAGGUUUCAGAGUCACCCGGAUGCUAUUUUUUCCCCCACAACCAUGUCCCCUUUUUGCAAAGACCGGCGGUAUUCCUGAAUUUGGAUUAAAACUCUUCUGACGGAGCAAAGGACGAAAAGCCUUUUUUUUUUGUUUUUCAAAUUCAAUUACAAUACGAUUGGAAGAAAGCGUUGAGCUGCAGUCUGAUUGGCAGCUCACCCAGACUCUUUUUGUCAGAUGAAGGGAAAAGCUGAGAUGAACGGCGCAGGCGAAAGGGGACAGGGAGAAUGGCAGGAGAGAGGCUUUGUGUGGAUUUAUCAAGACACUUUUUCUAAUUUCAAGUCUUCCUUGAAACCUGACUGAAAAAAAAAAUACACACACA